AUGCACCUGAGCGCGUGCGACUCGUGCCAGUCCCUGGUGGUGCUGUGCGUCCUACUGAGGAGCUGCCAGGCCUUCAGGAACGACGCCACGGAGCUGCUGUUCUCGCGCGUGACCGCGCCGCAGCCGGUGCCCCCGGUGGUUCAAAGCAACGUGACCCUGAACCGCGCGCGCACCGGCGGGCGAGGAGCGACCGGCGGGGCGCGCGACAGAGGAGAGCGAAGCCAAAUCGGAUGCCGAGAGCUGAGGUCCACGAAGUACAUCUCCGACGGCCACUGCACCAGCAUCAACCCCAUCAAGGAGCUGGUGUGCGCCGGCGAGUGCCUCCCAGCUCAGAUGCUCCAAAACUGGAUCGGCGGCGCCUACAGCCGGAAGCUGUGGGGUCGCCGCGGCGGCCAGGAAUGGCGGUGCGUCAACGACAAGACCCGCACCCAGCGCAUCCAGCUGCAGUGCCAGGACGGCAGCGCGAGAACGUACAAAAUCACCGUGGUCACCUCGUGCAAGUGCAAGAGGUACUCGAGGCAGCACAACGAGUCGGGCGACAAGUUCGGGGAGCCGGCCCUGUCGCCGCCGCAGCUCCUGCACAAGCACAAGUCCAAGAGCAAGAGGAGGCCCGGGAAGAACCGGCUCAGCGAGAACUGGCCCGACGCCGAACCCUAAAGACUCUCUUCAAGCUCUCUGAAAGAAACCCCACGUGGCACCUGCCGGAGUCCAGAGGAUGUGGAUUAUCUUCUGAAGGGGACUUCAUUUAGGUUGGAGCAUGGUUCCUCGCUAUGAUGGAGAACUCCAGAGGGCAUGCUGAGGAACUUUUAUGGGUCAAAGAUAAUGUGAACAGAGCCGGGGAGCCCAGAACCAACACACGUUGUCCCCGCCAUAUACGCUCCUAUAUAUUCAUUUUAUACAGCAGAUGGAGAUCCGCAGUCUAGAAACCAACACCAGUAAACACCAAAACAACCUUCUUUUGUGUAAAUACUUUGUACAUAUAUCAAAACUCUUACUUGCCUUGUGUAUAAAAUUGUACUAUGUGAGAUUUAUGAUGUAUGAUGUAAUAUAUUUUCCCGCGGCAAUGUAUAAUAUGGUAUGUCGGUUGGUAAAAGUGGCGUCAGCAUGCGGGUGAAAUCUGGAACAAAGCUUUGUUAUCAAUGAGUCUUGUAAUAACUUUAUAUGAAAUAAAUAUCACCUUUUUUAUCACAUGUAUUGUCACUGGAGGCUUUACUGGGUUCAGUUUGCCAUAAACUCUAAUAAUGAUGUUUUAUAGACGGCAGACAUUAAGACUUAAAACUGGCAAUGAAGUUCUAAUGUUGGCUAAGAUACUAUUUUUUUUUUUAAAUGACACAUUCUUCAUUUUAAAUAAUGGAUAAAUACAUACGUGUAUGAAUUGACUUGUCUUAAUUGUGCACUACAAACGUUUUAAAAAGACUAUUUUGG